AUGUGCUCUCGCAAUGUGAUGGGCCUGCUCUGCAGCAGUUUCUGCGGGCUUAUGUGGCUGGGAGGUGGCAUUGCAACACUUGCGGUGCUCUACGGUUCUCGAGCUCCACCACGAAAGAUGUGCUAUGAUCAGUUUGGCCCAGUGAUCUACCUUCACCGGGGCAACUUGACGCAUGGGCAAGAGAACACACUAGUGAGUGUGGUCGCAGGAUCUGCCGCCUUAGGCGAAAAUCCUGAGAUUGAUGUCAUGAGUACUUCGGACAAGGUGGCCAUCAUUCACCACGACGACAACUUCAUUCGCAUGACAGGAGUGGACAAAGUUGUUCAAUCAACCCCUUGGUCAGAAGUGCAAAGUCUGACAGUACUUGCCGAAGUGGAUGGACACACCUACGACACCACCACGAGGGUCCCACGCCUUGAUGAGACCGUAACAGAUGCAUGCACCAGCAACCCUGCAGUGGCUUUUGACUUCGAUGUGAAGAGCGAUGUGGCUGCAGAGAGUUCGGUGGAGGCAUUGCGGACGUCAACCUGUACCGCAAAGUCUUCGUCGAUUUUUGCGACAGGCUACCCCACCACAGGACGGCUCAUGGUGAACAAGCUGGAGGAAGCAGGCUUGGACAACCAUGUCUCGGUGUACCUACACCCAGGCAGCUAUGCACCUCUGGGAUUGUACUUCUUCUUGAAGACGGGCAUUUUCCACGCAGCGGCAGGUGCCUCCAUCAUUAGCCUUCACAAGACUGUCUGGGACAAAGAGAUGGAUCUCAUCACAGCCUAUGAAGAGAUGGGGUAUUGCACCUCCAUUUAUGGAAUCCGGCCAGACGAGAUGGAGUUGUAUCCCAGUGCUUCCAUCUACAUCAUCGACGAAGGCCCCUACUUCCCCGACACUCCCAAUGGCCAAUACGGUGGAGAUGGGGGAACAGAAGUUGUCACCUACGAUGGAGACCAAUCGGGAUUCAAUGGCUUACUAGCCCUUGGCAUCCUUUGCUUCCCCAUGCUGGCGCUGAGCUGUGGUUUCUGUUGCUGUUUUAGUCUUCGCCUCAAAAGAGGCAAGCCUGUGCAAGAGGCCGUGAUACCGUGA